AUGGAAGUCGUCCAAGAACUUCACCAUGCCGUGGCCAAAGCCUGUGAGGCCUCGUUCGACAAUGCCUACCGGCAGCUGAGAACACAGCUUGAGACACAGACCAAAGAGGCAGCAACCAAGCAUGAGGGAGCUGUUGAGGCUCAGCGCAAAGCUGAUUCCACAAUCGAGGAUCUUCGGCAUGAUAUCACAUUAUUGCAGAGUGAGCUGAAGCAAUAUGAAGUCGAUUCACAAAACCUUGAACUUCCUAGGCAAUACGCCAGCCUCGAAGCGGAAUUUGACCCAAAGAAUCUUUGGGGCGAUUCUCUAGAAGGCAAACAUUUCGAUUCCCGCAAGGCACGUGAAAGAUUUGAAAGAAAAUACACGGCGCUCUACACAAAUUUACAAACUUUCCUCCAAUCCUGGGGUGAUCUGAAACGCCAGGUCCGACGACAUAGAGAAAAACUGCAGCAGUGGGACCAGCAACUGAAAGGUGAUGAGUUCACACUGCUUCUGGGCGGCCGAAAGGUCAGAUACCGUAAAGUGCAAGGAUCUGGCCCCUAUGGGCUUGACAAGAUGGAUUCCCAAACGAACCGACGCUCUCUAGGGAAACGGUCCAGGGAAGAAGACCCGGAUUUGCCAGCCAAGCUCUUGAAGCCUUCGCCAAAACAGACCCCUCGGGGUGAUGUGGAGGCGGCAGUCAAUGCCAAAGAUAAUUACCCGGCAGAUGAUUCUCUGGCAUCAGAACUGGCGUCCACUCAAUCCAGCUCCCCAGGGUCCCAGAUGGAGCAUCCGGGAUCUUCUGACACAACACGGCCAGUCUACAACCGCACAAUCAAGCAAGAGAGAGAAGCAUCUUCUCCUCCGCUUCCCAGGUUGUCUGGUUUGCACACUCAACGGAAUGGUCCUAGCACCAAGCGCCCUGUACAGAUUAAGAGGGAGAUCAUGUCCUCAAGUCCAAUCCGAACGUCAUCAUAUUUAGGCAACCAACCCUGUGUGGGUACACAGGAUCUUGAUGAUAUAGGGGACACAGUACCAACACCGACGAAAAGAAAAGCCCACCGUGAUGUCCAUGAAACAAAUAGCGAGAGUUUGGAGGGAGGGAAUCAUGCAGACCAUUCGCUCCAAACCCCACCGGGUCAAAAAGUAAACGAGCAGUCAUCUGUUCUUCAGGCGAUUGACGGCAAUGCAUAUACUCCCAAAAUCGCCCAUCGAAGGCCUUCCGCCAAACGCCUAGAGGAUUUAGAGCGACGUGCAAUACCCGCUAUGGCAGAAGAUGGCGAAAACCUAGCAUCUGUUCGGGAUCCUUUGCACACUGGCCCCGGUACCAAUCGUGGACCGCCAGAAGCGAAAACCCCCAGCACGAUCGUCCAAAGACGCCUUGACGAUUUGCUUGAGCGAUCGACGCCCACCAAAUCACUACUUCGAUCCGCAAAGUCCGGGCCGGGCUCAAAUUCAAAACAGGCAGAUGCCAUACCCCAGCAUGAUCACUUAACAUCCACGACAUCUGGCGAAACAGUCCCAGAUGUGGACCCUGAUGACGAGCCAUACAGGGCAAUGCCCCUUAGCGUUCUUGGGUUGAAACAUUUUAAAAUCAAUCCCGAUAGAAACGAAGGCCUCGACUUUGCCUACAACUCAGUUGUUCGGAAGAGAGAUGAUCGUAAAUGCAUUUCCGGGUGUACUCGCCCAGGGUGCUGUGGGGAUCGGUUCCGCGCUAUGGCCCGCCUUGGAGGCCUCCCGGGGAAGUCCGGGGUGGAACAAAAACAAGAAGACGAUGAGCUGCUGCGCGAAUUUGUGGGAGAAAACACGCAAUUACUGGUCACAUUGAGCGAUAAGGAACGUGAGGAUCUUUUGGUUGAAGCCAGAGCCCGAGCACUGGCCAAUCAAUAUGGACGACACAGACAUACCCACCAGCGUGCGCAAUCGCCCCCUGGUUUCUGGCGAACCGACAUGCCCAGUACACAAGAGGAGGAGCUUGACCGAGAAGCUGCCAAAGUACUGGAGCGAGAAAAAAUCGAGGAGCGGUACCGCGAGGCCAUGCGCCCCGGAGGGUUAUGGAUGUUUGCGGAUGAAUAG